AUGCUGAGUGAAAUCGAGGCAUUUACAAUAGCGGUGUCAGCGGAUUAUGGCGCGAAAAGUGAAUCGGAUCAGCUGAAUGUUGUUAUUGAUCAGUUUUUUUUAGAAAUGUUCCCUUCAGCAAAAAAGACGAAUAGACUCCUGUAUGUUUUCCUUUUUCAUUUUCGAUUAAAGCAACGUGUCAAGGAGAGUGACAUAGGAAGGAUCAUUUUCAAACGAGCCCUUCACUGUUCUGUGUUGCCUGUGAAGAUUCAACAACAUUGGCAAUCUAAGUUACAAGAUGCUGGAAUUCCAGAUCCAGAAUAUAGUAUAAAAUGGAUUGCAGAGCAUAUCAACAGACUCAACUUAGAGCAGCAGAAAUCAAAUGAUAAUUCAUUUAUGAAAAUUGACUUCUUUGAUGAGUUUGAGAAACUUUGCAGAAGACGAAUGAAAAGGGAACCUGUUCAAUAUAUCAUUGGAGAUUGGGAUUUUCGUUCACUAAAUUUGCUUAUGAGACCACCUGUUUUCAUUCCAAGAUCUGAGACUGAGGGUUUGAUUGAUUUGAUAAAUGAAACAUUGACCAAAGAUGGAUCAUUGGAUAGCAACAUACUAGAAAUCGGCUGUGGAAGUGGUGCAAUUUCGCUAUCACUAGUAAAAGAGAAUCCAAAGGCUACUUGCACCGCUGUUGAUAUAUCGAAAGAAGCUUUUGCUUUGUCGAAGAUUAAUAGCGAAAGGUUGGGACUUUCCUCACGAUGCAAAAUCAUCCACAGUUCAUUUGAUGAUUAUUUGAAUGGACAUAAAACCGGAGAGAAGUUUGAUGUUAUUGUCAGCAAUCCACCUUACAUUCCAACUAAGGAUAUGCAGAGCUUGCAGCCAGAGAUAUCAUUGUAUGAAGAUAAAAGGGCACUGCAUGGAGGGGAAACUGGCUUAGAUUUGGUAUCGAAAUUUCUCUCGGCAGCACAAUUGCUUUUGCGAAAGGGAGGCUUUAUUUGGUUGGAAGUUGACUCAUCGCAUCCUCCAAUGAUUCGGGAUAUUGUCAAACAGGAAUACGGAGACACACUUCGCUAUGUUGCAUCGCAUCUAGAUAUUUACGACAGGCCUCGAUUCUGCCAACUACAAUUGUUAUGAUAUAUGACGAUGUUUGCGAUCGAUACAACAUUGGAAGGAGGCUGCAAACCGUUAAAAUUGUUAUACAAUACAUCGAGGAAUAAUAGGAACACACUUACAACCUCAAAGGACAAUGUAUUUUAAAUAUUGCAUGUGAUAUGGGUAGAUUUUGCGUUUAACUCGCAAUGUGAAAGUGAGUUCUGGGUCAGCUGAAAGGAACACCUCUUUAACCAGUCAAGUUUUCAAGGACAAAUUUUGCAAAACGUUUUAACCCAAUAAUUAUGUAAAGCUUUUCGCGAAGGAAUGUAUUAUUUGUAAAUGUAAAUGGCUUUGAAAAAAGCAAACAUUUAGUAAACUAAAGCUUUUCGUCUGACACUUUUCAGAGUUUAAAACGUCAGAACAUAGAUCGAAAACUCUACGCUAAGAAAUAUAUAUACCCAGUUGUGGAUCGAAAUAGGCCAAUCAGAAACACGAGCACAUGACUGUAAAGGUUGACCAAUCAGUGCUGCUUGCCUAUUAGAAUGUUACCAAUGGAGUCCUAAGGUGAAAACGAACUCCUUUUGUCUACACAGUAGCGGUUUUUUCGUGCUUAUGUAGAUAGAUUCUAAAACUGCUAGGUGGAACGACGAUCGGGCUUUACCAAUAAUCGUAAACAUGUCGCCAUUAUAGUUUUUUGCACAAUCUUGGUUUUCUAGUAAAUGCUGCCCGAUAGCAGAAUCGCAGGUUUUAGUUGUAAUUUUAGAUUUGCAAGACCGAGGUGGCUGUUCUCUUUGGGGAUGGGUUUUGUUUCUAAUAUUAGACGGAACAUGUUGUUUUAUUCUAUCCUCCAAUCUUUGGGUAGUGCGUCCUACGUAGCCAGAAUCACACUGGCACGUAAAUUCAUAUACAACAGAAAUUUUUUGUGUGGCAGGAACGCAGUCCUUUUGAAUGGACGGAAGGGCCUUUUUCGUACUAUAAACAACACGUGGGUUGACCGCAAAGAAACAAUUUGUAAUGGCCUGUUUGAUUUGGCUUUCAAAACGUAGGGAACUGUCACCGAUCCAGGGUAGUUUUAGACAGACCGGGCACUUUUGAGGACCAAAUUUUACGUCAGCCGAGAAAUUUCCUAUCUUCUACUCAAUGUAAACUGAAAUAACAUCCUCUGGAUAGCCGUUCUCCAGAAAAUUCUUAGUUAGUUUUUCAAGUUCUGAGUCGAGUUUAGACUUGGAACAAAUCAUCAGUGCCCUAUGUGUAAGCGUUUUGAUGAGGCUGAUUUUUCUUUGUUUGGGCAAAACGAACUCCAUCGUGUGUAUAACCCCGAAAAUGUGGGUUUACGGUAUACACUAGUAAGAAAUCCAGUGUUAGAUUUUUCAACCAAAACAUCUAAAAAUGGCAAGGAGUUAUUUUCUUCCUUUUCAAAUGUAAAAUGUAGGGCUGUGUGAAGGCCAUUAAGGCGCUUUUUGAAAAUGGAAUAUGUGUCAUCCACAUACCGAAAAUAGACACCUGGCUUUUGGUCGUAGUCGAACAAACGCUCUUCAUGAAAGCCAGCAAAGAUAUUGGCCAAGGCCGGUCCCAGAGGGCUACCCAUAGCGACACCAAUUUUUUGUUGGUACAUUUCAUUGUUAAAACUGAAUUCAACUGAACGUGUUGCAGUUUCCAUCAGUUCAAUGAAUACUUCCUCUGGGAAUGGUGGGCUAUUAAGCUUGCUCCGGUACAAAGCGUCGGCACAUAUUUUGAUGGUAUCAUUUAAAGGGACAUUUGUGAAAAGACUGCCAAUGUCAAAAGAACACAUGAAAGAUGUUUCGUCUUUGAUGUUCAAGUUUUGCAUGAACUCAGUGAAUGUAAAAGAGUCCUUGAUACAAUGUUUUGAAUAUUUGCAUUUACUAGAAAACCGCUACUUUGUAGACAAAAGGAGUUCGUUUUCACCUUAGGACUCCAUUGGUAACAUUCUCAAUAGGCAAGCGGCACUGAUUGCUCAACCUAUACAGUCAUGUGCUCGUGUUUCUGUUUGGCCUAUUUCGAUCCACAACUGGGUAUAUAUAUAUUUCCUAGCGUAGAGUUUUCGAUCUAUGUUCUGACGUUUUAAACUCUGAAGAGUGUCAGACGAAAAGCUUUAGUUUACUAAAUGUUUGCUUUUUUCAAAGCCAUUUACAAGUUUUGUACCACCAAAAGAUUGUUUGAAUGUAUUAUUCCUCCCCCUACAAUCUAUUUCAUGGUAUUGUAUAUUGCCUGAGCUAGGCUUCUUCAAUUAAAGCACCAUGUUACGAUAUACGAGGUAACUGAUGACACUGAUUGGUUAAAAUUUCAUGAUUUUAUUAAACCAAAAUGCAAAGUAGCAACUUUUCGUAAGAGUCUGUAUGCUCCUUAUUUGGUUGUUAUUUGGGAAUUAAGCUUCUUUACCUUCUUCUGAGGUGGUUUUUCCACUACAACACGUUGAAAACAUCACUGUAUUCAACAAA